AUGAGGCACCAAGAGCAAGAGAAAGAAUUAUUUAGACAAGAGUUUGAGGCUGCCAUUAGAACAGUGAACGAGGAUGAAACACAAAUGAUAGGAGCUGAUAUGAAUGGCAGGGUGGGAAAGAUAAGAGAUGGGUAUGAGGAGGUACACAGAGGAUAUGGGUUUGGAAUUAGAAACAAAGAUGGGCAUUAUUUAUUGGAGAUGGCUCAAAGUUUUGAAUUGGCCUAUAUGAACACAUGGUUUCAAAAGUUAGAUAAGUACUUGAUAAGUUACGAAAGUGGAGGAGUGCAGAGCCAAAUAGAUUACAUGCUGGUUAGAGGAGCUGACAGAAGCAAUGUGACAAAAUGCAAAGUGAUCUUGGGAGAAGCAUAUGUUAAACAGCAUAGGUUGGUAGUGAUGGAUUUUAAAAUGAGCGGUAGGAAACCCAAGAAGAGAAAGAGAAGAUAUAGAGUCAAGAUUUGGGACCUUAAAGGAGAAAAAGGGGAGCAAUUAAGGAGGACUGUUACAGAGAGAUGUCUGGAUAGGGAGAAUGUAAAAUUUGGACAGGGUAACAAAGUGGAAAAUAUCUGGGCAGACAUGAGGGAUAUAUGUAUGGGGGAAGCAGAGGAACUAGUGGGAAGAACCAGCGGAUAUGGUGUUGCGAAGAAAAAAGCGGUGGUCAAAUGGAGGUGCAAGAAUCAAUUAAAAGAAAAUCAAAAGCAUUUAAGGACUAGAAAGUAA